AUGGGGAAAGACAAGUACGAGAACGAAGAGUUGCUGAAGUAUGGAUUUCCCGAGGAGCCUGACAUUUGGUUUCAUGUGGACAAGCUCUCUUCAGCUCACGUGUAUCUUCGACUGCCACCUGGAAGUGUGGACUUGGCUGGAGUCAAAGACAAGGCAGAGGCGAAGCAAAGGCUGUUGGAUGCGAUCGCCUCAGUCCCGGAAGAGAUCCUAGCGGAAAUGGCACAACUCACAAAGGAGAACUCCAUCGAAGGGUGCAAGGCGGCGCAGUGCGACAUCGUUUACACACCUUUUCUGAACCUGAAGAAAGAAGAUCAUAUGGAAGUUGGCCAGGUGGGCUUCAAGGAGGAGUCAUUCCGAACCUUGAUGAGGAACGUGGCCAAGGACAAAGAUGUGGUCAAGAAGCUGGAGAAGACACGGGUUGAGAAGCAGGUUGACCUGGCUAAGGAAAAGGAGCAACGAGAUAACGAAGAGCGGGCGAGGAGAAGAAAGAUCAUUGAGGAACGAAAGAAGGCAGAAAAAGAAGAGGCCAAACGCCAUGCUGAAGAGAAGGAGUUGCAGUCGUACGCUGCACUCCAGCACCUUGAAAAGACCACGAACGCGGGUGUGUCAAAGACUGGAUCCAUUGAGGAGUGCAGGCAGAUCGAAGAAGACUUCAUGUAG